CUCAUUAAAUCUAGUUUAAACUCUAGUUAUUGUGAUUCAGUAAGGGACCACAACAGGAGUAAUAAUUAAAAUGUAAUUUAUAGUUAUAAUAUCCCCCUAUUAUGACUGUUAUUACUUUACAAGUUUUAGAAACAUUAUUAUGGUCUGCACCUACUCCCCCCUGACUGCCCUCAUGUGGUCACGUCUGUCCUGUAACCGUUUGAAGGGGAGCGAAGAAGCAGGCUUGGACUGGAUUCUGCUGAGAUAAAGGCGCAAUUAAAAGGAAGACACACGGAAAUCAUGGAUGGACUAGAUGAUGUUACAGUAUCAGUUCUAAAUGCUGCCAACAUAGAUGAGGUUUUAAUCCACACCCUCAGUCGUGAUGAUUUAAGAGAUCUUUUUCCUGGUCCAGAAAACUUUCUCAGGAGGAAACAGUUGUGGGCUCAUCUUCACAAAGAGGAGGACUAUUCCACCUUACCAGACAAAGCUGGCCCUGGUGAAGCAGGAACUAGGUCUUCACCUAAAGGAACACCUCCAUCUCCCCAGACAUCCACUCCUUUGGUAAAGAAAACCCCAGAGAAGACUCUACAGCUUCCCAGUCCUCCUGAAUAUGUGAUCUAUACAGAUGGUGAGCUGGAACUAGCUCGGAAACACUAUUUUGAGAUGGCCUGCACUGGUAGAGAGGGAGAAGCUGCCAUGUCCAAAGAGCUGAGAUGCAGGCUGGUGAGAAACACUGUCACCAGCAUGAUUUCAAUCUUGAGAGCAAGUCGACAAGGAGAGGAGUUACGAUACCCGUCCAAGUACGAUGUUACUGCCAUGGCUAAGAAACUAGUGGAGUAUUAUCCCAUGCUACAGGAUAACGACUUACCUGCCAAAUAUACGAGCAUGUACAGUUAUCUUCAGAAGAGGAUCCUGAAUAUUAAGUCCCCUCGAAAGAGGCAGGGUCCCACACCAGAGAGGGGCCGUUCAAAAAAAAGGCGCCACAUUGAGUUCUCACCAAGUGACCAGGGAGAAGAUGAUGAUGCAGAUUCAAGUGGCGGAUCAACGAUUCUUUUGCCACCAGUGAGCAGUUCUGAUGGCGACAGUUCAGUCAACAUGGAUAGUCUAGCAACACAGGCCAGGCAUUACAAGACUCUGCAGGACCUGUAUAAGAAGCCAAAACCCAACCGAGAUGCUGUUUGCCAAAUUCUUGACCUUGAGUUUCAAUCAAGAAGAGCCUUCAUUGACAGCGAUGUUCUGAAAGAAGAAGAUAGGCCAACAAAGAUUCUAGAGGCAUAUCCAUGUUUCAAGGAGCUUCACAAUGUGAUGGAUGAGCUACGGCGGAUCCUGGAUAAGAACAACAACAAAUUCAUAACUGAAGUAAAGGCAAGAUGGGAGGACUUCUGCUCCAUGGUUCAGUUUUAUGGUCUUUGGAAGAAGGUGUUAAAGCCACCGAUGAACCAAAAUAGAGUGGAAUGCAACAUCGCCCUGUUUAGGGCACUCCCCACACUCUUCCCCUCACCAACUGCGCCACCCAAGAAGCUGGGACAUGCCAGUGAGGCAUUGCUUCAUGUCCUUCAGCCAACAGAAGAUCCAGCCAUCUACCUUCAGAGGAGAUCUCUCUUCAGCCCUGUUUUGCUCUUUGAUGGGUCCCACUGUAUUAUGGCAAUUGGAACCACACCCAUCACCACAUUUGCUGAAGAAGACCUCCGUCAAGGUUUGCUGUAUCUGAUGGCAUACUACUACACCUUGCAUCUCACAUAUCCAAAGUGUGUGGCAACCCUUCUGUCUGUCAUUCAGACUGAAGUGUUAAAGGACAGUAUCCAUGAGCGAGACACCACAGGCUCAUACAAAAAAGCCAUGGCAGAGUGGAAGGCUUUUAUUCAGGAGUAGAGUUGUACAGGUACACGACUUUCAUGUCUGUGUUGGAAAGUUUUAACCUAACAUAAGAGCUGUAAAAAGACAUUUAAAUUCUUCAUUUUUGUUUAUCUAAUACAAACACAUCUUCUGUUCUUCAAAUGUUCUGCUUUAUAAUGUGAGUUUCAGUAGCUUUAAAUGUUGAUUAGAGUUAAUUAACUUUACCAGUUUUUAGUUGUAAUUGAAAGUUACUAUUAGUUCAAUGACACCAUGUAUAAUGUAUAGCAUUACUUGCAUUACAACCUCAACAUUACCAUUUCUGUGUGGGUUUGUUUUGCACAUUCAUGUGUGCAAUGCUGUAUACUAUUGUUGCUAUUUGGAGAAGCAAUUUAAAUAAAGGCUGUUGUAUAUUGUAC